AUGUCGAUCAGUCGAUAAGCAGGUGACAUUCGCGGAUGGGAAUAAAAUGUGCGUGAAGAAACUCCACUAGCCGCCAAGAGGAACGUUGAUGGAGUGUUGUGAGUAUGUAUCGCCAACUGUUGAGAGUCCCGGCUCCUAGCUUAGCGCCCCCGGCGCGGGUGUCCUUUGGCGCGGUGGCGCAGCGACGCCUCGAAAGUUCCGAUGGCUCCAGCACACCCGGCAAGGGUGACAAGGAGCCAAAGACGUCCAAGUACAGCCGCGCGAACGUGCGCAAGAACGUGAGAGGCUACGUGUUCACGAGGUACUUCGACUACCUGCAGAACUAUGACAAGGUGCUGGAGAAGAAGUUCCCGGCGGCGAUGCACGUCUACCGCGUGUUCAUGGUGGGCGUGAAGGACUUCUUCUCGGAUACGAAGAAAUUCCUCAAGAUCACGCGCAUCGUCAACACGUCGCCGGCUGGUCUGCGGGCGCUCACGCGGAAGGAAAUGGAGCUCUACUACCAGAUGCCGCGCGACAUGAUGAAAGUGGCGCCCGUUCUGCUCAUCUCCGCACUGCCCUUCGCCAAUUAUGUGAUAUUCCCCCUCGCGUACAUGUACCCGCGAUACUUCCUCACGUCGCACUUCUGGGACAUCCGGCAGAAGAGCGAGUUCCAGCAGCUGUACCUGAAGGAGCGCAUCACCCACAACCGCCGCAUCUUCCGCUACCUGCAGGCCAAGCUCGAGCUGCUGCGCCCCGUCGAGGAGGAUUUCACGCGCCUGGCGAACAUACUGGGUCUGCUGGGCAGCGGGCUACAUCCCACGGCGCAGGAGAUCCUCGCCAGCCGACACAUCUUUGCGAAGCCGCCCUACAACAUGGGCGCGCUCUCCUCGGGCCACGUGGGCGCCCUGUGCCACCUGCACGGCGUCCGGACGGGGCUGCUGAAGCGUGCGCGCCUCUCCGAGCGCUUCCACAUCUUCCGGCACAUGGACAGGGCCAUCAAGCACGAGGGCGGUGUGCACAACAUGUCGCCGGACGCACUGAAGCACGCCUGCUUCCUGCGCGGCCUCAAUCCCACGCUGCUGAGCAACGAGCAGAUGAUCGAGUGGCUGCGCGAGUGGGUCACGGUGUCGCUGGCCGUGGACACGGACACGAUGAGCCUGUUCCUCCACCUGCCCAUCCUCAUCGCCUACAAUCACCCCAACAACUGGAGGCUCACGCACAAGUGAGCGCAGCG